AUGAGUGCAUUUUGCGAAAUGGAAUUAACCAUGAAAGUGAUCAAAGCGUUGGUUCUCGUGUUAAUCGGUGUUCAACGAGCAGCCAGCUCCGGGCCAUUCGUCCAGGAAGCGCUUGCCAAAGUCUUCGGGCCUUGGACUCCAUACACGAACGUUAGAACGAUUCAGUUGUUGAAUCAGCUGUGCAACGAGUCGCAGAAGGACGAUGAAGUCAGGACCGAUGCUUGCUACGGAUGCUUCUUCAGGUCCAGCAAUCAGUCCCCCGGAUAUCCGAUGCUUCUGACGAUGGCUUCCUGCGCUGACACGUAUCUCAACAACACGGAUUACGGACACUGCCAAGGCUACUUGAGGAACGCAACAAAUUCAAUAUCCACCCGCACAACCCCAGGAAUCAUUUACUGUUCGUUCCUGGAGUGCAUUCGUCAAGUGAACAAGAACAUGCUGGAAGCGAACGAGGUUGCGCCACCGAUCGAUCAGAGACGAUUGCAGGCUCGAGAGACCUCGAGCGUAUUGACAGCGAGUAACAACAAUGAACACCACUCCCACUAUUUUGCAAGCUUCCAAUUUAGCCGACGAAACCUGCAGCGGAGGAAGUCGAUCUGCGUCAUUGUCGACAGACGCGAAAGUGAUGGGAACACCAUCGCGCAAUGCGUCAACGAGGCUAAAGCGAUGUUCUCAAGCUUCAACUGUGCCGACGUUCAGCUAAGCCAGCUUUUCGUGAACGCUACCGCCUGCGUAUUGGCGAAGACACGCUGCGGAUAUUUGAACCCCGUCACCGGAACUACACAGGACGACGAUUUGGCGAAUAAAUUGAACAUCAUAUCCAUCAACGCUCUUCAGGUCAACACCAACUAUGACUUGAACAUCAUUCGGGUGCCUUUUGUACACCCGGCCAAGGGUGACGAGUGUGGGAAGUUUCGGAACGUCGACCAAGCUUCCUGGCCCUCGGUCGAAUGCUAGCAAUACCCACUUUCAUACGUUAUUUAUUUAUUUAGUUAAAUCAUCAGUUUGGAAAAUAGGAAACGGUAUG